GCGGACACGAACUGCGCAAACUCGCGUCACAGUUGGUCCGUAAACACGGCAACCGGAAGCAGCUCUGUGAAAUGACUCCGAGCAGGUAGUAUGGAGAGGUGACGUGCCAUCAGAGUGUAACUGAUAGCAGUGCAAAGUGCCGUGAUCGGCCAAUAGGAAAGUGGCAGCGCAAUGACUGAGUGCUUCCUGCCACCCAAUAGCAGCCCUGCAGAGCAGCGGCGAGGGGCGGAGCAUCAGAGCGGCGUUCCUCGGACCCCCAGCUCAGAGGAAAUCAGCCCCACUAAAUUCCCGGGGCUGUACCGCACGGGUGAACCGUCACCGCCGCAUGACGGACACCACCAUGAGCCCCCUGAUGCUGCCUCUGAUGAUGAUAAGGAGCACAGCAAGAAGAAGAACAAGUUCAAGAAAAAGGAGAAACGCACCGAGGGCUACGCUGCCUUCCAGGAGGAUAGCUCGGCUGACGAGGCCGAGAGCCCAUCCAAGAUGAAGCGCUCCAAAGGCAUCCACGUGUUCAAGAAGCCCAGCUUCUCCAAGAAGAAGGAAAAGGAUUUUAAAGUGAAGGAAAAAGGCCCCAAAGAGGAGAAGGCCAAGGACAAGAAGUCCAAAGACUUGACUGCAGCCGACGUGGUCAAGCAGUGGAAGGAGAAGAAGAAGAAGAAAAAGCCAAGCACUGCAGAGCCAGAGCCAGUCGCUGUGGAGACUCCAGCCACAGUCCGACCCAUUUUUGGUGCGCCGUUAGCCGAGGCAGUGAGGAGGACAGCGCUGUACGACGGAAUCCAGCUGCCUGCCAUUUUCCGCGAGUGCAUUGACUACGUCGAGAGCUAUGGCAUGAAGUGUGAAGGCAUCUAUCGUGUCUCUGGAAUGAAGUCGAAAGUGGACGAGCUGAAGGCGGCGUACGACCGGGAGGAGUGCCCGUGCCUGGAGGAGUACGAGCCACACACUGUGGCCAGUCUAAUGAAGCAGUACCUGCGCGAGCUGCCCGACAACCUCCUGGGCCGAGAUCUGGCGCCGCGAUUUGAGGAUGCGUGCGGCCGCUCCAGCGAGGCAGAGAAGCUGCACGAGUUCCAGCGGCUGUUGGCCGAGGUUCCUGAGGGAAGCAGGCUGCUCUUGUCAUGGCUUAUCACUCAUAUGGACCACGUGAUCGCCCGUGAGGCGGACACCAAGAUGAACAUCCAGAACAUCUCCAUUGUGCUCAAUCCGACUGUUCAGAUAGGGAACCGAGUGCUCUACGUCUUCUUCACACAUGUGCGUGAGCUUUUCGGUGAUGUGGUUCUGAAACCAGUGGUGCAUCCUCUGCGCUGGUCCAACGUAGCCACCAUGCCGGCCUUGCCUGAUACCCAGGAGAGCAUUAAGGAGGAGAUCCGGAGACAGGAGUUCCUGCUGAACCGCUUGCACAGAGACUUGCAGGCUGGGAUAAAAGACCUGUCCAAAGAGGAGCGCUUGUGGGAGGUGCAGCGUAUCCUCACCGCUCUCAAACGCAAACUGCGCGAAGCAAAGAGACAGGAGUGUGAGAGUAAGAUAGCACAAGAGAUCGCCAGCCUGUCUAAAGAAGACGUGUCCAAAGAGGAGAUGUCUGAGAAUGAAGAGGAGGUCCUUAACAUUCUCCUGGCUCAGGAGAACGAGAUCCUGACCGAGCAGGAGGAGCUGAUUGCUUUGGAGCAGGUCCUGCGCAGGCAGAUCGCCACGGAGAAGGAGGAGAUCGAACGACUGCGUGCUGAGAUUGCUGACAUACAGAGCCGGCAGCAGGGCCGAAGUGAGACGGAAGAGUACUCGUCAGACAGCGAGAGUGAGAGCGAGGACGAGGAGGAGCUGCAGAUUAUUCUGGAAGAUCUACAAAAGCAGAAUGAGGAGCUGGAGAACAAGAACACUCAUCUAAAUCAGGCCAUCCACGAGGAGCAAGAGGCUAUUUUGGAACUCCGCGUUCAGCUCCGCCUCCUUCAGAGCCAAAAGCUGCAGCAGGAGCACACAGCUCCUCCCACAGUGGAGCAGGCCCCACCCACACAGCCCAGCCCAGAGGAGCGAUCCAGAAGCGAUGAGCCGAUCAAACGGAACAUACCCGUCUCCAUGGCAACCCCCGGCGAUGCCAGUGUCGCUGCUUCAACAGCUCCAGCCAAUGGGAAGCCAGGAAAGGACACUUUAAAAGCUUCACCUAGUAAAACGUACACUGUUAAUCAAAAUCUACCGAUAUAGAUCAAACACAUGAUAUAUGAUAUGAUAUGAUUGGCGUCUGUCGUGUUGGGGACAGUGAGGUGACUGUAGUUUCAAAAACUAAAUUAAUAUAUCUAUAAUAAGAGCUUCACCAAUAAUUUGGUUAGGAUUUAAUUUCAUUCAAACCUAGGCAAUACUGAUUUUUUUUUUUUUUUUUUUUUUGUCGUUCUUCAAAUAAUUUUGGGAAAGUAUUAACAUUAAUGCCAGAAAACGGGAUAAAAAAAAUAUUGGUCUCUUCAUUUCUUGACAGAUUUUUUUUUUUUUUUUUUUUUUUUGAGGGGUCCAGACCCAGGAUUAAGAUCUAAGAAGUCCUUCGGGUUAUUUCCAAAGGUGUGUGCACGCGUCUGUGUGUGAGAAUGAUAAAACCUCUGUGCCAUAGGUGAAUGACUACAACAGGAUCAAAGUUUUACACUGAAGAAAUAAAACUGAUCAGACGAUGAAGUGCAGAUGCUCUUAUUUUAUAUAUUUACAUUUAUUUAAGUAUCGGUUCUUUUGAUUAUGAAAUAAAGUGCAACUGUACAAUGCAUAGCUAUCUGGCAAUAAACACCUGAUGGUCACAUUGUCGACAUGCUA